AUGAAUACAUUUUUUCUAUAUGAUCCACAAUUUCUUAUUCAGCAAUAACUUUUGUUUCAAUAUCUUGUUUAAUACAACUCAAUGAUAGCUCUAAGGUAAGCUUUUAUAUUAACUAUAUUUUUAGAAAUGCCUACUCAUUACAAGAACAAUAAAGACAAUUAAUUCAUCCCCAAUCUCCAUUUGAUAUUCGUACUAUUGAGCAUAAGACUAUGAAAAAUGAUGAAAUAAUUGAUGAAUAAAGUUCUUUUGAACUAUAGAAAUCUAAAAGAAUAUCUAAAACUAUAAAAAAAUCAAAGGAAACUAAAUAAGACAACUUAAAUUCUUCUCAAUAACAUACUAAAAAAAAGAUAUUCUUGUCAAUGAAAGACAUUAAGAAUGCCCAAUAUAAAAAGUAUAAAUUGUAAUUUACUUAGAUAUAAAAUCACAAAUGAUAACAAAAAUAUAGAAGUAGUAAUGAAUUAAGAAUAGAAGAAUUGA